GCCUCUCCAUUCUCACUUUUCUGUGUUUCCAACAGUGUUUGGACCCCGAGUCGCUUCCUAACAUGAGCCCAUAGCGCCCGGAGGAGCUUCUCGGUCCCGCUUUGGAAGGAAAAAGGGACAGAAAGAGAGAGAGAAGGAGAGGGAAGGAGAGACUAAACUUUCUCAGCAGAUGUAUCCAAGGAGCCCUUUCUCAUGCGCAACAGAAGACAUGAGUCAAAGGCUGGGAUGGACUGUGUUCUUCUGGGUAGUAAAUGCCAUUCCUUUUACUUUUGGCAUGGCAGUAAACGAGAGAAUAGAUCAUUCGUGUCCUCCUUUGAAGCUGGAGGAAAGAUGGCACACCAACAUGAGUGGCCAUCGUGAGUUUACAGGAUUUGAUUUGGCAGAAAAGUUCCUUCUUCGAAAGGGAGCAGUUACGGAUGACAGGCCUCUCUUCAGACUCGGCAGUAAACCCCUCAUCAAAGAUGCGGAGUUGGUGUUUCCAGGUGGGCUUUCACAUGAAUACUCCCUCGUAACUACGUUCCGGCUCAGAAAAACAACAAAGAAGGAUCGUUGGUUUCUUUGGCAGAUUUUGAAUCAAGCUGGAAACUCACAGGUGUCAGUAGUAGUGGACGGCGCUAAGAAAGUGGUGGAGUUUUCAGCCCUGGGCCUUCUGAAGAACAACCUGCACUAUAUAUUCAAAAGCCGUGACCUGCACACCCUGUUUGACCGCCAGUGGCAUAAGCUCGGGGUGGCUGUUCGAAGCAGCACGGUAGCCGUCUACGUGGACUGUAAGCUGAUCGAGAGGAGACUGAUUGAAGAGAGGGAUGCGGCAGACAUGAGUGGCCGCGCUCUUAUCACCACCAGGGCAGAGGAUGGACGGCCGGUGGACAUUGAGCUGCAGGAGAUUCUGAUGUUCUGCGAUCCCAGCCUGGCAGAGGAGGACAGAUGCUGUGAGGCACCAGGAGCCGUUUGCGAGUUCAGAGAAACCCAUGACCCCACAGCAGCGCCGCUGGUCACAAGCUACCUCCACAGAAUGCUGUCCAAGCCGGCGCAGCAGCCCGCCGAUCAAUGCCAGUGCCCAGCAGUGAAGGGGGAACCAGGCCUUCCAGGUUUGGCAGGACUUCCUGGACAGAAAGGAGAGAAGGGGGAUUCAGGACAGAAUGGUCUCCCUGGAAUCGCUGGUGAGAAGGGUGACACGGGCAUUGCUGGCUCGCCUGGUUUAGACGGACAUCCAGGGAAUAAGGGUGAGCCUGGGUCAGCUGGAGAGAAGGGAAUCGAUGGAGAAAAGGGUGAAAAGGGAGCUGCAGGAGAGACUGGGCUCAUGGGAAAACCUGGACUUGAUGGUCUGAAAGGGGACACAGGACCUGAAGGCCCACCUGGUCCCAAAGGUGAUAAAGGAGAUACAGGCCUCCCGGGUCCACCAGGGCUUUCUGCUGUAACAGAAGGUCAAAAAGGAGAUCGGGGGCCUCCAGGUAUCGCUGGAGAAAAGGGAGAAGCUGGUUUACCAGGUCAAGCAGGAUCUCCGGGAAAAGAGGGCAAAAGGGGUCGCCGGGGACCACCUGGGAUUCCUGGACCACCGGGACCUGCUGGAUCAUCUGAAGGUGGACACAUUAAGGGGGAGAAAGGAGACCCAGGUGUGACCAGAGAGGCCGGACAGAAGGGAGAGAAGGGGGAUGCUGGUCCGGCCGGUCAAGAGGGAGCCAGUGGAGUUAAAGGACAGAAGGGUGAAGUCGGCCCCAGGGGACCCCCAGGUCCUGUGAUGACCGCACACGGGCUCAGACACCUCACUGGACCAGAUGAAGCUGGAGAGAAGGGUCAGAAAGGAGAAAAGGGAGACCAGGGUGAAAGAGGAAUUCAAGGCCUGCAAGGAAUCCAGGGAAACGCUGGCUUGCCAGGUCCAGUCGGAAAGCCAGGUCCACAGGGCAAAGAAGGGCUGGCGGGUCCUGCCGGACCCCGCGGUCUUCCUGGAGAUAAGGCAACACCGGGGAGAGAGGGACCGAAAGGACAGAAGGGUGAUGCAGGGGGAGCCCCAGGGCCACAGGGCCCACCAGGCCCUAAGGGUGAGCCUGGAGUCCCUGCAGUGACAGCGCUGGAUCUCACCGGAGAGAUAGUGCCAGGGCCGAGAGGAUCACGAGGGCCAAAGGGUGAGAGGGGAGUCCCAGGGUUACCAGGAGAGCCAGGAGAGAAAGGAGAGCCUGGAGUGGGACUAACUGGUCCACCUGGCAUCAUGGGACCGAAGGGGGAGCCAGGAAUAGAGGGUCUACGUGGACCACCAGGUUUGCAAGGUUCUCCUGGACCCCAAGGAAGCCAGGGGCCCCCGGGUCGUGAAGGCAGACCAGGACCCCCGGGACCGCCAGGUGAACCGACAGCGCUACCAAUCGUUGGAGAUAUGGGCACAUUACUGAAGAACGCCUGCAGUGUGUGCCACACAAGAGUGCCGGGAUUGCCGGGGCAAAAAGGAGAGAAGGGAUCUCUUGGAACUCCUGGUGUGGAGGGCUUACAAGGAGAGAAAGGUGAUCAGGGUCUCAGAGGUCCAGUCGGUAAUCCAGGAAAAGAGGGCCCUAAGGGCGUGAAAGGGGAAAGAGGCUUUCCCGGCCCAAUCGGGGACAAAGGUGAUGAGGGUCCUCCUGGUGUGCCAGGAUUUCCUGGAGCAACAGGUCGAACUGGAGCUCCUGGCCCUGUUGGUAGACCUGGCCCUUCUGGCCCAGCAGGACCAAAGGGAGAACGGGGCAGUGAGGGACCGCCCGGCAGGCCUGGACUUCCCGGACCUCCUGGUGUCCCCUACGUGGAAGGGAAUGGGAUGAGCAGUCUGUACAAACUCCAGAGCGGAGGGGCUACUAUCGGUCACCCAGGACCACCAGGGCCUCCGGGCCCGAAGGGGGAUGAAGGAAGAGUGGGUGACCCAGGUCCAAUGGGAUUGCCCGGGCUUGAAGGACUGCCCGGCGCGAAGGGAGACCCUGGCAUGACUGGACCACCGGGAACCCCAGGCCCUGUUGGGAAACCUGGUGCACGCGGUGAUCCUGGCAUCCCUGGAGAACCGGGUGAGCGAGGGCCUGUGGGAGAGACUGGCUUCCCCGGACCCGAGGGACCACCCGGUGCACCUGGGAGACCUGGAAAAGACGGAAUUCCUGGAUAUGAGGGAGCCAGGGGCAGGCCUGGGGACCGAGGUUCCAAAGGAGAGCGAGGAGAUCCAGGGAUUCCUGGAGCCAGGGGGGUUCAGGGAGAGAGGGGGCGAACUGGAGAGAAGGGACCUACUGGACCCCAAGGUCCACCUGGAGAGAAAGGAGCACCUGGUCCGCCUGGUUCUUUAGGAUCAACCGGAACCUUUAACCCGCUGAGCGAUUCCACCACCAUGGAGGAAAUUAAAACAUUCAUCCGAAAUGAAGUAUUGCGCGUCUUUGAAGAGAGGUUGUCCAGUUAUGCAAUGCUGCAGAAGACCCCAGCUGCCAUAUUGGCAGCACAUGGUCGACAGGGUCCCCCGGGACCCCCCGGGAAUGAUGGCUCCCCAGGACCCCCUGGAGAGCCAGGACCUCAAGGCCCUCAAGGUUAUCGAGGACAGAAAGGGGAGCGAGGUCAGCUGGGAUUGGGGAUUCCCGGAGCUCCGGGUCCUGAAGGCCCACCAGGUCCACCAGGAAUAGGCAUCCCCGGACCCCCGGGGUCUCAGGGCCCGCAGGGAAGAUGCAACCCCACUGAUUGUUUCCACACCUACCACGCCCACCGAGACGAUUAGAGCCCACUCUGUCCUUCUGAAGCCUUUCAGUCCAACUCGAGGGAGGAUCCGCAAACAGCAAACCUUCCUCAGCCUCAUGCACUGACUCAGCAGAAGGAGGUACGACCACCUCGGGAGUUUUGCCAAAUCGCUGAAUCCUCUCGCAUUUCAAAUGCAUAUGCCUUGUAACCAGUGCAACACCACAGCUGUAAUAUUCAGUUUAUUUAUUCAUUCAUUUUGUUUUCCCUGUGCGCGACCAAAAGCAUUCCGUCUUUACUCGUUCGCUGGUUUUUCAGGAGUGCAGGAUAUAUAAGCUAGGUCAAACUGAACUCUUAUUUACCUCAGCUUCCUUUUGUCCAGCUGAGAUGUUAUUUUUGUGAUGGAGCUAUGCAAACUUUAAAAGAGCAUGAAUAUAGUAAUGGAUAUUGUGUAAAUAUUGUAGCGUGUGUAGUUUAUAGAGUAUGAAGGAUGCUUUGAUUUUCAUUUUUUCUCAGAGGUGUGGUUUAAAACUGCAGGACAGACACUUUGCAAGGGGAAGGGCGCCGUCGAAUUCGCAUCUUGAUGAUUCGAGAUGUUCUAGCACUGUUAAUUUAACUUAGUCAACAUGAUUUUGACAGAUCAGCCAGUCAGAGCUGGAUGCACAUUCAUAAUCUUCAUGUGUGGAUGUGCAAAUUCACUUUCACACUACGGGACCUGAGAUUAGAGGCAUAUUGUGAACGGGCAAUAUAUAUAUAUAAUGUGACAGUUGUAGUAUUCACUGGUGGUUGUAGCUACAGUGUGGAAGUGACAAAGUGAUGCACUGAAUUUACUUGAGUAUUUUCAGAGUUCAGUGAGUCACUCUUUCCCUUUAU